UUUACAACGCCAUAGAAGUUGAAUAUUUGUCAAUUUAUGGUGCCGCACCUAAUGAGCUCCGUGUAUAGUACAAAGAGCAGUCACCAGAGGACUCAUAUGUGGAAAACUAAAGCUGUACGAUGAGUGGUGCUCAGAGUCAGACAACGCUGGAGUCCAAGCUGGAGGCCCUGCAGUGCCACUUCACCUGGGAUCUGGACACCAGCGAGACUACACUUUACUGUCUCAAGGACCAGCUGGAGGACAUCGGUACAGAAGAGGGAUACAGCUGGUUGGGUCACCGUUACAACCUGCAGGGCUAUAUCCACUACCAGCUGGGCCUCAGCAAUGACGCCUGCCGUUUCCUCAGCAAGGCUGCGGAGGCCUUCCGACAGAUGAGAAACACCGUCUCAGAUGAGGGUCCCUGGUUGGUGGUGAACCAUGGGAACCUCGCUUGGCUGCACUACCACAGGGGAGAACGAGCACAGUGUCGCGAUCACCUUUUGAGAUUAGACGACUUGAUGAAUGAGUACCCAUCACCGUCCCAGGGCGAGCUCCAUCCGGAGGUCUACGCUGAAAAAGCCUGGACCCUGAUGAAGUUUGGCACAGACAAAAGGCUGCAGGCUACCGAUUAUUUCCAGAAAGCCAUCAGGAUGCAGCCGGACAUGGUGGAGUGGCACACCAGCCACGUCAUCGGGUUAGAGAGUACUCUAAGACACCCUGAGAAAAAGCUGGUGGCUGACAUCUUUGAGAAAAUGAAAAUCGCCAAAGAACAUGAUCCAAAGAACUUGUACCUCGCUGCUCUGUACCUCGAGGCACGUGCUAAGCAAGGGAAGAACAUCGAAAGUGAAGCACGUGAGUUGGCCAGAAGGGUUUUAAAAAAGCCCAUCGGCAGCUACAGUGGUAUCGCACCAUUGCUAAGGCUGUACAGAAUCUAUGUAUCUAUGGAUGAGGCCAUUGAUUUGGCAGAGGAAAUUCUGGGAAGACAUCCACAUGAGCGUUAUCUGAAGAGAUGCGCAUCACUCUGCUACAAGAAGAGGAUCUUCCAAGGGAGUGACAAUCCUCUGGAGCACAGCAUGAUCGAAAGAGCAAUCAGUCUCCACAAGGAUGUGAUUACUCUUUACCCUCUUUCUUCACUUACAAUAGAAAUAUCUCUUGCCAACAUAUACGCAGAGUCCAAUAACCAAGCUAAAGCUGACCAUAUAUACGAGGAACUGCUGAAAAAGGAUCUGGAUCCCGAAGGUACACAGAUGCUUUACAACUCCUACGCAAAAUAUGUACAUUUCAUCCGAAAGGAGAGCUACAAGUCAAUAGAGUAUCACAUGAAGGCGGCAGCGAUACUGCAUCAAUCUUCCUAUCGAAAGAACAGCAUCAACACUCUGGAGAGGAUUAGAGAAAGAAACAGAAACCAAAUGUGUAGAGAAAUUGAUGAGUUUCUAAAUAACCUGCAAUAAAGCCUGAGAGAAAGAAGGAACAUUUAACGAAUCGCCCAACUGUUUGUAACAACAUUGGGGGUAAAUCUUCUUAAUGUCUUAAGAGUCUUAAUGAUGAAUUAGAAACC